CAACCCAAAUUCGCAGCUCUAGAGCAUUGUCGUAAAACACGUCGCGAAACGUUUUUCUAUGUCGCGGUGGACAUAUUCUCGGGCAGUGUUGACGCGCUAUGGAUGAGGAACCCUCGUCUUAUGAGCGAGUCGCGUAUAAAAACGACUCCGUGUAUCACUAUAUGAAGAUUUGUCUAAUAUUUGGGAACGAGAGAAAACCACUCAGUGCAGAACAAUUCAAGCAACUGAUAAUCUCUGGACUUAAAGAGUUGUAUGGAGAGGUAGGAGCUGCUUUCCCUUUUGAUGUGCUAACGUUUGACCAGUUUGUACUGUCGGCCAUACUUCGUGUGUACAACAAUGGUCUGGUGAAGUUGUGGAGUGCACUAACCUUGAUUGGAUCAUGUGAAAAUGAAUCAUGUGCUUUCAGAGUCACCCAGGUUUCUCCAUUCUUAUUAGCCUUGUCUGGAAAUAGCCGUGAGAUGGAGGUGCAGUAGCCUUGUUGUGGUCUAGAGGUGGUGCUCCA